CAGAGCGUGGAUUUGCUGACAGAAAAACUCUUUACGCAUUGAACACACCGGGCUGACAGAGACUGGGUGACGGUUUGUGUUCCUCCCUUUUUGCUGCCCUGCAUCUGACAGCGUCCCCUCCCUCUGGCUCUCUUUCCCUCCUCCUCCUCGCUCCUCUCAUUAGGCUUUUCACCGGCAAAACACCGACGCACUGCCUUCGCCUCAUACUGUAUCCAGCGACCGAAGCAGGACUGUAGGAGGACUGCUGACCUCCCAGUGCGCGCCGUCCAUGGUUCUCCCCUGGAUGUCCUUCUGACAGGAGGAUUGUUACAUUUCUGAAGUAAGUGCAGAAGCCACACACAAACGUGACGAGUACGGGAUCUAGGAGGUCCCCACCAGCAGGGGGCAGCAGCAGGCAUGCACGACUCCACUUCUGACGGCAACAUGGCAAAGCAGGAGCAGAACUCUAAACAUGUGGAUGAUCAUAAAGAAACAGAAAACAUGUCAGAGAAGACUUCCCCCAACAAGAACCUCAAGUCUCCACAGAAAGGCUCCAAACGCAUCAAAAUGGCCCCGUUCAAAGUGACACUACUGGACUCCACAGAGUUUGAAUCAGAAAUAGAGAAACACUCCAAAGGCCAGGCGCUGGUGGACCUGGUUUGUGAGCACCUGAACCUUCUGGAAAAGGACUACUUCGGCUUGACCUUUGCUGACGGCGACACACAGAAGAACUGGUUGGACCCCUCCAAGGAGAUCAAGAAGCAGAUGCGCAACUCUCCUUGGCUCUUUGCCUUUGCUGUCAAGUUCUACCCUCCGGACCCCUCGCAGCUCACUGAAGACAUCACAAGGUACUACCUGUGUCUGCAGCUGAGAGAUGACAUGCUGUCAGGCCGCCUGCCCUGCUCAUUCGUCACUCACGCCCUGCUGGGCUCCUACACCGUACAGGCAGAGCUGGGGGACUAUGACCACGACGACCACGGUUCAGACUAUGUCAGCGACUUCCGCUUUGCCCCAAAUCAGACCCGUGAGCUGGAGGAGAGAGUCAUGGAGCUCCAUCGCAACUACAAAGGGAUGACUCCGGCAGAGGCUGAGAUGAACUUUUUGGAAAAUGCAAAGAAGCUGUCUAUGUACGGAGUAGACCUUCAUCACGCCAAGGAUUCAGAAGGGAUUGAAAUAAUGUUGGGAGUAUGUGCCAAUGGGCUGCUGAUAUAUCGCGACAGACUGAGGAUCAAUCGCUUUGCCUGGCCCAAGAUCCUCAAGAUCUCGUACAAGAGGAGCAACUUCUACAUCAAGAUUCGCCCAGGAGAGUACGAACAGUUUGAGAGCACCAUUGGUUUUAAACUGCCGAACCACAGAGCUGCCAAGAGGCUGUGGAAGGUCUGCAUCGAACAUCACACGUUCUUCCGGUUGGUGUCACCAGAGCCUCCCCCUAAAGGUUUCUUAGUGAUGGGUUCAAAGUUCCGAUACAGUGGCAGGACUCAGGCUCAGACCAGACAGGCCAGUGCACUUAUAGACCGGCCUGCUCCACAUUUUGAACGCUCCACAAGCAAGAGGUUCCUUCUGUCUCGCAGCCUGGAUGGAGAGUUCUCUCGGCCCAUGUCGUCCAUGUGUGAGAACCACGACAGCCUGUCCCACCGCAGCAUCAGUGAGCAGAGGCGCCCACACAGUCCAUCAGGGGACGAGCAGGAGACUGAGCUGGAGCACAGUCUGGAGCAGGAGGAGGAGGACCGAGAGCACACACCGGACCAUGACCUGGAACGGGACAGCGGAGACGACAGCAACGUGACGCCCAGCAGGAAGAAAGACAUCAGGUUCCUGGACAAGUCCCAGGAUGUGUUGCUCAAGCACCAGGCCAGUAUCAACGAGCUGAAGAGAGCCCUGAGGGAGCCCAACAGUAAACUGGUGAACCGAGAGAAGCGUCUGUCUGCCACCUCCCCAACUGGUACCCCGGAGAAGAAGGCAUCCGUGGCCCGAGCCAGAGAACCUGUAAACAGUCUGUCUGUGGAAGGCUUUGUCCAGAAGACUGUGAUCACUUCUCCUGAGGGCUCCGAAGAGUGGGUAUUGAUUGAAAAACAAGAAAGUUAUCAAGAGCAUGACUGGAAGGCAGAAGAAAAAAGCCGACUGGCUGCCUCUCCCCCUUUCACACCGGAAGGCUCUUGGGAGCCAAACGAGCAGGAGAUAGACAUAAGCCAGAUGAGACACUCAGAGGUAACAGGGUAUGACAGGAAAGAAAUGAAAAGCCAUAUCAAUGAGAUCCCCUCAACCAAAGCAAGCCGAGAGGCAGACGUGUGCGCCGACGCUGGACCAGCAAACAAAAGUCGCUUUGUGAUUCAAUUACUGGAGGAUGCUGAUAAAUCUCUAGGCAAACCCCCUCAAGCGCAAGACCCUGAGGCAAACACUGGUGUCGCCCUGGGCCCGAGACCCAUCAAAGAGCGUCCACGCAAAAAGAGGCGGCCGCAAAGUUUAAAUUUGGGAAUGCAGGGGGAAUACCGUAAAGGAGGGGGAGAUUCUUCUGGUGAUGACAAUUCAGAAUCAGGUGACAGCUCAGAGGAGGCAGCUAAAGUUGUGCAUCGUGGGGAGUCAAUGGAUAAGAUAAAAGAUAACCAAGGGAAGGAAGAGUGUAACAGAGCUAGUAAGAAUAGCAAACAAGAUGUUCGGUCUGCUAUCGAAUGCAGGGAAGUGUCCAGACAGACUGCUGAAGGCGUGAAGAAAAUAGUUAACUUGGUAGAUAUUGAUUCCAGCCCCGUGAAUGGACCGGGAAAUGUAGAACAGGAUAGUGCAUUAUCAGGCGUAAAAGGGGGGUCAAAGGUCAGAGGUAAAGGUAUUAUUGACAACAAGGAGCUAGCUGAGGUCAAGCUGCGGCAGGUCCGGACACACGAGAGGAAGGUGAGCUCAGGAGGGGAGGAUUUUGACAUGGUCCCCGGAGAGAAGAGGACGUCUCUACACAGACUGUCAGGGAGCCACCAGUCAGAGAUCACCAGGAUCGUCCCACUGAAGCCCGAGCGCUCAAAAAGUGUUGCAUGCAAAGACGAACGGGACAGAGCCGGACAAGACGAACUGCGACAAGUGUUCAGAAGAGAGUACCGCUGGUCUGUGGGCUCACCGGAGGGAUCCUCAGACCUCAACUGGACCGAAGUCACAGCAUUCCAUCCAGAAUUCCUCAGAGAUUCCGAUUCUAAAGGGGAACUUCAUGACCACACUGGAAGAGGACCCACAGAGAGCCAGUCAUUUGGCUCAAAGUUGUCGACAGUCCCUAAAAUGGUCCCACCAGCUCCACCAGUGAAAACACAGAAGGUGAGAGAGUCGGGCUUGAUCCUGAGGAACAGUCGGAGCGCAGGUCGGGAGCAGGGCCUUGACGCUGCCAAGAAGAGACUCUCGGAGCCUGUCUCCACUCCUGCCAUUUAUGAGGAACCUUUUGCAGAUUUCAAGAAGGAGCUGGUGGAGAGGAAAACUGAGCACAGUGCUGCAUCAGAGGAGGAGACCUUGUCCAGUGUGAGAGAGAGCCACCUGAGCAUCGAACGCAAGUGCUCCAGCAUGACCGUCAGCUCCACCUCUAGUCUGGAGGCAGAAGUGGACUUCACCGUCAUCACUGAGCUGCAGACCGGCGCUGAGGACUACCACAGGGGGGUGCCAGAGCCAGGAGAGAGGCAGCCCGAGGUGGGACGUGAAGACUUCGAGGAGACGUCCAGGUUCUACUCUGCCAGGCUCAUGGGCACCAAGUCGCCCCUUAUGGAGGAGAGGUUUGAGGAGCCUUGUCAUCCCGAGCCUCCAGUGGCCAGGAAAGAGCCCAGUUCAGUGAGGUUAUCCCACAUGCUGAAGAAAUCCGAGAUGCACACCAAUGGAUCAGAAGUCCACCACAACAUCAUGAACAUAGAAUCACAGAGCUAUAGAGAGAUCAGCCCAAGAGAUGUCUCUGCAUCAGCUCCUAUUAAAGAGAAUGGCUCACCUGUAAAAGGCAGCGCUGUGGGGAGGGAGUCAGUCGUUUCCCCUCUGACCAUCACCGCUGAGAGUGUCACCUCGGCAACCACAACUCAAGUUACCAAGACUGUGAAAGGAGGAUACUCAGAGACCAGAAUAGAAAAGAGGAUCAUUAUCACCGGAGACGAUGAUGUGGAUCAGAACCAGGCUCUGGCCAUGGCCAUUCAGGAGGCCAAGCAGCAGCACCCAGAUAUGUUGGUGACAAAAGCAGUGGUAAUCAGAGAAACAGACUCCCCCACUGAUGAACUACAGCACAGGACUCAGUCAUGAUUGGUGAUGGAACCUAAGAGGGGCCUCUAGGGGACCCUGAUGUGUGGUCUGCACAAAAAACCACCCCCCGUAGAAGAGGACCAUAUCACUACUAUGUACAUACACACGACAGCAGACCGCCUUCACCGAGUAGUACUCCUCUUUAGACUAAUCAACUGUGACCCCACCUCCUGUCCACUCCCAGCUAAUCUUAGCACUCUACUUGAAAGACACUCAGAGAAUGACUUUUUGCUUCAGUGGAGUGACUGUUUUUAAUAUGACUUUGGUUUGCUCACGGCUAUUUAAUCCAACCUGGAUUUAUAAACUCAACUCUCUUCCAUUUCAGAGACUUAUUUGUAGACAUGAACAUAAUGUAAAAUGCAGAAGAGCAGAGGAACAGCCAGGGUAAGGCUCGUGUGGAGACAUGGUGCGAGGAUGGUGCCAUCUCCUGGCCGCAACAAGUCAGUUUAACCAACAGCUCCUAUUAUUAUUACAAGCUUUUUACAUUUUUAUCUAUAUAGGAUCUAAUUUAUGUUGAGUGUUUGCUUGUUUAUGAAAAUAUGUAUAAUAUCUUAUAUUAUGAUCUGCAUGAAAAUCUGAGCUGAGGGGAUGGUUGAUUUGAGGGGACAUUUUGUGUCUUGAAUAUUGAGCUUUGAUAUGAUGAGCACCUUGAGAGACUCUGGUCCCACAGACCCGAGGGACACGCAGGUGAUGGAUUCCUGCUUACGCCUGUCCUCCACUGGACAUUCACUGUGUCCCCUGCUGUCACAGCCUGCUGUUGUCAUUGCUGGUCAUGCAUUUCACUUGAUUAUUCAAAAUGAAAAAUGAUGGUCAUGGUAAUAUAUAAAAACAGUUGUUUUGUUAGAUACAUGUUUUUUAAAAAGUUAUCUUUUCUGCUAUGUUUUAUUUAUGAUGAUGUGUUGUUGGAUUUUUCAGGCUUUUGUGUGUAGCUCAUUGGAUUUGUCUGACUUGUUGAGCUUGGCCCUAAUACAUUGUCAUUUAUGAUUAUUAUGUCAUAUUCAUUAAUAUGACAUCACUGAGGGAUUAUUUAAUGGGAUAAAUACAGGAGUUAAUGGUUCCCAGUUCAACUAUCUGCUGAAGUAUCAUAUAUAAACACUACAACAUUAAUGUGUGACUCUAUCACUGUAUAUAUCUUUAUGAUAUGAGUCUUCAAAGGGAGAAUCUUUUAGAAGUUAUUUUUUCUUGAUGGCAAGCUUAUGGUAAUCUUAUAGUGUCUCAGAGUAUGAAUGCCAUAUUUCAAAUAUUGCCGUAGUAAAUCUAUUUCUCAUUACUAUAGACCUAUGUAUUAUACACUAUAAUGCCCACAUUCACACACUGCCUGGAACAUCCAUACACACUUUGGGUACUUUUCUGUUGGUUGGAAUUUGAGUUUUGCUGUAUGUACAUUUAUUUGUAUGAGGAAGUGGAUAUGAGCCCUGUGCUUUUCCUCCCUGACAGAUGAAGCCAAGCCCUGCUAAGUGUGUCCCAUAGCAACCAAGUAUCCAAGCUCAACAUUAUAACUUUAUAAAAGUAUAUCCAAUUGAACCUACUAUGCACCAAUUACCAUCUGCUACAGCUAGGGCCAAACCCAUCCUCUCAUCAUUUUAUGCUACAAUAGGGAGCAGUGGGGCUGUGUUAGACUUGCAAUAAACUCAUCUCCUCUGCCACAUCUGUAUAGAAGCAUAGCAAACUCAAAGGAAACCUGCUGGCAUCUUAUUGCACCAUUGACUUGGAAAUGCUCACCUAUGGGGGAAAAUAUAACUCAGUACGUUAUCAUACACUGGACUUAAGCAAAGGCACUUGGAGGAUAAACUGCACACUGAAAUUAUUAGGGCAAUGGCUACACUACUGAUAGAAGUCACACUGGGGAAGUAUAAGGCUUGUACAAAUAUAUAAAUAUAAUAAUAAAUCUGUGUUAUGGCUUCUUGUAUAUCUCCACCAGGAGCAUGAAUGUGGGAGGACAGAGGUGCAAUAGGAACACUACUUGAAUGGGUGCCUUGCAUUUGGUUGAGCCACCACAAAAGUGUCUUGAAAAAUGGAACGUGAUGAUGGUAGAUUAGCUAUGGUUGAAUUUUUCAUUACUUUUCCAGGCCCUGUUACAGUGCUAUAGAACCAGCAGUACAUGAACACUUGCUUCUCCCACUGUCUAGCGCCCCCUGUUGAUUCUGCGUGGCCUUUUCGCUCCACAUUCUUGCAUCACAGUGCUUGGUGGUGUGUUUUUGCUGUAACUUGCAUUGAGUCUAAAUGGAAACAUACAUGCAAAAAUAAAUGUCUCAGUAUGAUUCAAA